CGCCGACCGUGCAAUGUCACCGGCGCGAUCAGGCGUUGCUUUACUAUGCCGGUUAAAUUUUACUCUAUUAUAUUCCUGGCAGUGAUAUAACCGUCAUCCGUCACCAUAUAAAACCGUAUUUAUCCAACUAUUUACCACUUAUCGCCCUAAUAAAUAUAUUCACCCGGGGAAGCCACUCGCAGUCCGAGCGCGGCAUCGAGCACACGCGGCUGAAAAAUCGUAAUUAAUAUAUUUUCUAUCGCCGUACAACAGUCGUGUCGUGAUCCCUGUAGUGACGAACGAACGAACACAAUGUCUGCCAAGAACACGCAAAAUGUAGAGACUGGCGCGCCGGCGCCCGAGGAGCCCGCCCCAGCCAAGCCGCUGCUCGGGACCAGCUCGAUCCUCGGCCUGUCGGACGUGACCGACAACAAGCUGAUCUGGAGACAGCUGCUGGCCGAGCUGGUGGGCACCUUCCUGCUCACCUCCAUCGGCGUGGCGUCCUGCAUCGCCAUCGGCGACACAGCUGGCAACAUCACCAGCAUCGCCCUGGCCUUCGGUCUGCUAGUCGGCACUAUUGUCCAGACGAUCGGGCACGUGUCCGGCGGGCACAUCAACCCCGCGGUGACCUUGGGGCUGCUCGCGGCCGGCGAGGUCAAGGUCAUCAAGGCGCUGUUCUACAUCGUGGUGCAGUGCCUGGGCGCCGUGGCCGGCGCUGCCUUCAUUAGGUUGGCCGUCCCUGACAUUGAAGUGAAGACUCCUGGAUUCGGCAUGACGCUACCCGGGAAAAACAUCACCGAUGGACAGGCGGUGCUCAUUGAGGCCCUGAUCACCUUCGUGCUAGUGCUGGUGGUCAACGGAGUCUGCGACAGCCGCCGCAACGACGUCAAGGGCUCGGCGCCCCUGGCCAUCGGGCUCAGCAUCACUGCCUGCCACGCUGCCUGCAUCCCGUUCACUGGCUCCAGCAUGAACCCCGCGCGCUCUUUCGGACCCGCUCUCGUCAUGGGCUAUUGGGCUAGCCACUGGGUGUACUGGGUGGGCCCCAUUACCGGCGGAGUCAUCGCUGGCCUGGUCUACAGAUACGUCUUCCGCAUCGGCAAGACCGGCGAAUCCGGCUCCUACGACUUUUAAUCUUAUCCCCAAGCAAUAGAGCCUGGUUUCCAAGAACAGGCCUUCCUCGUCUCGAAAAUACGCAGGUUUAUUAGAAAAGAUUAUAUCUGACGUCCUAAGCAAAGGUCAUAUGUCUAGAUACGAAAUUUUAGCUUAGCUCUAGAUAUAGUUUUAUUUUACGGACACGCGUGGUCUUGCUUAAAAGUACAAAGGCGCUACUCGAAUAGCUGUAAUUCAAUCGUACGUAAUUCAAAGAACAGGUUUUUUUUUAUUUGUAUCGAUUUGUAUAGUACGCGGUAGGGAUUUACAGUGAACUGAGUAAUGCGUUUGUAUUUUUCAGUGUAUAUAGAUAGUGUGUAAGCUCAUUGAACAUUAAUUAUUGCCAUUUUGUUUUUUAUUCCAAAGUCUAUUUUAAUCAUAUCGAUGGGGUUAUAAAUAUUUAAAUGGCUAUCAGCCUAUCACUCUUCAGAUUCCAAAAUUACGCUUGUUUGGAAAACUUUGUGCUUCUCUCGAUUCAGUUGCACCUUUUUGUUGUAAAGGCUACGAAAACCAAAUAGUUAACCGUAAUCAUUUUAGCUUUCAUGUUUAUUACUAUAACUUUAAUGUUACUAUACUUCUACGCAUAUCUCUUUUUAUGUCCCCAUGUCGGUGUAACAUAGCGAUAGUUGAUUAAUGUAUCUAAAAAAAUCGGUUUUUACCUAUAUAGCUGAAAUAAACUUUUUGUUUGCUUAAGGUAAAAGGCCCCUAGUUCGUGAUAGUAUACGUUAUUUCGUUAGUUUGGCUUCUGGCGCAAAUAUUACGGAAUUGAAUUAUUUUUAUACCAUUAUUUUACGACGCUCGAAACUGUCAGAUGGCCACGACCAGCUAUUUUGUAUGCGCGGACUUUUUGUAGUAGAAACAAGGGCCCUUUACCUUAGGAACUUUUUGUUAUCAAUAUAAUGUAGGCAUUGUAUCCCUUUAUGAGCGUGACUUACCGCAAUAUAUCAUAUUCGUAAGAUUUUAAGAUUUUUAAAUACAUAGGUACACAACAUAUAAUUUAUGUCUUUAACAUGUCACGUACAGAAGGGGAUAUAGGUGUACUAUCCUCGACACCGGUGUGGGGACAUUUUAUCAACUGACGGUAUGGUGCAAUCGGUGCUUCUUCUAACUUUACACUAAGUUAGAAAUUAAGUUAUUUAAGAUUAUUUAUAUUAUGUGAAAUAGUUUAAGGUACAAAAUUAAAUUUAUACUCGAACAGUGGUAUUGUGAAUCAUAAUACUGCGCAACGUUAUUUUAUUAGCGGAACGAUUUGUCAAAGUAUAAAUAAAUACGUCUAUUAAA